AUGGGGUUAGCUGGACUGCCCCUCGAACUUUUAACCCGCGUGCUGCAGUGCCUCCAGGGUGAUACUUUCUCUCUCCGAUCGGCCCUCCUGGUCAACAAGAAAUGGUCCGCCGAGGCAGUCCGUGUGCUCUGGGAAAACCCAUCACCGGACGACCUCGCAGCGAUCAGUGAUAUAAACAAACGGCAAUUCUACGCGCGAUAUAUUCGUGAGUUGGAAAUUAACGGCAGUGAGUGGUUGCAUCACGAGGCCUUCCAAACAUUGAAAUUCCCGCGUCUCCGAUCUGUUUUGAUCGAUGCUACCGAUUCGGACGAGAAUGAAGAGCAGGAGGAAGCGUGGAUCGGUCAGUAUAUCCAGCCGGCAUUGGAGGUGUUUAAAUGCUACGCUACUGCGCCGGCUGGGGACGAAGAUGUGCUUCAACUUCUGGAGACGCGGUGUCGGCGGCUGAGGACGAUGAUCAUCGGUGCCAAACUGCAGGGAUUAAGCUCUGCUUCUCUGAGUGGCUUUAUUGACCGAUGCAAGUCUCUACGCUCGCUUGGUGUGGUCGAUGGUAGACGAGGGCCUAUUGAUGGCCGGGUGCUCUCCUCUCUUGCCUCUCAUGAUGGCCUUGUGGAGUUAGAAGUAUCGCCCUUUCUCAAGCACGAGAUGUUUGUGAAUACAUUCCAAGAUGUUGAUCGCCCGUUCAAGGGUAUCCAGAAGCUGCAGCUUAAUAUAGAGCCAAAGACCGUGCCCCUUCUCGUCCCGAAAAUCAAAAACAUUCGUCUUCUUUCCCUGACUCUGGCGGACGGCGAUAUAAGCCCAUGGCCGCACCUCAGCUCACUGACCAAGCUCCGAGACCUUACCAUCGAGUACCAUGAGUCAGCAGAGCUGAGCGUUAAUGACUUUCAGGCCCUUAAAAAACUAGGCCUAAACCGGCUGAAUGUCCGUGGUAUCUAUGGAGAUAUUAUCGCCCCAACGUUGACGGACGACAAGUUUAUCCCAGUAAUCGAGACUCAGCCGGCCCUCCGGGAAAUAUGGCUCGAGAUACGGGCUAGUUUGACGGUGCAAUCACUCAUAUCUCUGGGUCAAGAGUGUCGCGAGCUGCAAGACUGUUUUCUGCCUGGGACCUACGAUCUGUCUCCGUUGAUGGACAUUGAUCCAGAACCGCCUCUCUUUCCAUGCUUGGAGCAGCUUACAAUCGGCGCAAUAAGUGAAAUACCUCCAAGGCCGUGGCCAUCGAUCGAUUCGACAUCAGACAAAGCCAAGUGUCUUGCGCAGGCUAUCCUCAAGCAUGCGCCAAAUCUGGAGGGCUUGAUCACUAUGGGCGUGGAUGAUGAAUUCUCAGAGACGGUGAGGGCAACCAUUGAAGAACUGAAAGAGACAACGCCUGGCCUACCACCUUCACCCCCGCCGGGCGAUGAACAUUAA